CACGUAUCUCUUAAGCUAUAACAAUUUCAACCUAAUCUUGAAUAUAUGAGGUCCCAAAAGGGCCAGUGCCUAGCAGUAAUUCUGUCAACUGUCACUUUCGGACAUUAGACAUUUAGAAUUAUAAAAAUGGUACCUAUUUACAAAGAAAUAUAGGUUACUUUUAAGAAAAACCAAACAAAAAUAUUACCAGCGAAGCAUUUGUGAAACAUUUAAGGACUUUGUAUAUUCAUAAAAUAUACAAUGAACGCUAUAAGAGGUUUAUGGCGAUCUACACCACUAGUACGAAAUGUAAUGCUUAAUAAAACUGCCUUGACCAGGUCUUUUGCUUCAGCGACUAUAACUCCUGUGACACCCAUAGAUGUACCACCUGCGGUCGAAUUAGAUAAACUAUACAAGAGAGUAGAAUUGGAGAUGCGGGGUAUUGACCCUGCUGUACUUUUAAGUUAUUCCUGGUUUUGUAUUGCUGCUGCAUCGCAUUUAGGCAUUGAAGUUACUAAAAGCUGGGCCUUGAGGAAAGCAGAAAAGGAAAGACACACAUUAUUGAGAUGUGUUCAUAUCUACAAAAAGCACAGGGUGCAAUAUGAAAUAAGGACAUACUUCAGAUUUAUUCAUUUACAAAGACUCACUGGUUCAACAUGUGACACAUUUUUGGAAUACAUCGAACGUAACCUUCCAGAAGGUUGUGCUCUUAAAGUCACAAAAGUGGAAUGCCAAAAAAUGCCUGAUCAUAUAACACCACCUCAAGAAUAAUUAGUGUAUAAGUUGUGUAGUUUAAGAAUAUAGAAUGCAAUUAUGAACAA